GAACAACGUUGAAGAGAUUACCAUCUUAUCGAGAUUUAAUCGAUCAAGCAAUCGGCUGCCAUGGCUGGGAGAUUACUUGCAAACUUGAUUGUGAUGGGUUCUGGGAUCAUUGGUCGUGCCGUCUUUCAAGCCUAUCGUCAAGCACUUGCUAAUGCGUCUAAAUCUGGUGUUGCUCAGGAAGCAAUGCAAAAUGGAGUACGUAAAGCAGGGAAAGCCAUCACUGAGCAAGAGGCUAGGCAGAUUCUUGGUGUAACCGAGAAGACCUCUUGGGAAGAGAUAUUGCAGAAAUAUGACAAACUGUUUGAGAAUAAUGCGAAAGCUGGGAGCUUUUACCUUCAAUCUAAAGUUCAUCGAGCCAAAGAAUGUCUAGAAGUUGUGUACAGAAGCCAAGGCAACGGUACACCUAGUUAAGACCUUAAUCGUUUUUUUCUUACAGAUUCAAAAUUCUUGCUCUUAAUGUAAAAUCAAGACGAUUUCAUGGUUCUUUGAGAUGAUAUGGAACUUAUAAAACGGCCAUAGUUUUCUUCAUCCAUGAAUUAGUAAUAACUAAGACAGGUUUGC